AUACAUACACCCUUCUGUAUCUAUAUUCCUCUUGUACCUUCUGUUCCAAAAGUUGUACUAUGUUUGCUCGCACCACUCUCAUCUCCUGCAACUUCUCUUCCUUCCAUUCCCAAAACCCUAAAAUCAAACUCCCAUUUUUAAACACCUCCACUCUCCCCCUUCGUUUACGAAUUAUCACUGCAAGAAGUAAAUAUCCGCAAUUCAUACAAAGAGGUCGCCUUCAAAUAUGUCGGAAUUCAAUAGAGACUCAGAAGUCACAAGACCCUGAUUUGGAACAAGAAAAUUCCAUGGAAAUCGACGGCGGUCAGAUUGGUGGUGGUGGUGGUGAUCGCGGUGGUGGGCGGACGACAUCGUUUCUGAUCUUCUUGCUGUGGGGUGGACUCAUGUAUUAUGUCUUCAAUCUUGCACCCAACCAGACUCCGUCGACGGACAUGUAUCUCUUGAAAAAGCUUUGCUAUUUGACCGGUGAUGAUGGUUUUCAGCCAAAUCAAGUGAUUGUGUCUAUAUGGAAUAUUAUGGGGUUAUGGCCUUUAGUGUAUAGCAUGCUGCUGAUGCCCUCUGGCCGAAGCUCAAAAGGAAACGUUCCUGUCUCCCUGUUCCUCAUACUUUCGUGGUUCCUGGGUGCAUAUGCUCUUAUACUAUAUUUUGUUAUUUGGAGACCACCACCUCCAGCCACUGAAGAAUCGGAGCUGAAAAGAUGGCCUCUAAACUUUCUCGAGUCCAAAUUGACAGCUGGGGUAACAUUUGCUGCAGGACUAGGCUUAAUCAUCUAUGCAGGAUUAGCAACUGGGGACGAUUGGAAGGAGUAUUUGCAGUACUUUGGAGGGAGUAGGCUCAUACACGCAACCACCAUCGAUUUCGCUCUGCUAUCUAGCUUUGCUCCUUUUUGGGUUUACAACGACAUGACUGCUCGAAAAUGGAACGAUAAGGGCUUUUGGCUUCUUCCCGUAUCGCUAAUUCCAUUCCUUGGUCCUGCUUUGUACGUUCUCUUGAGGCCAUCGUUACCAGCGUUCACAAAAGAGGACUGAUGCACGUGCAUUUGUGGUUCGAAGGAGCCGUGUUCACUUGCAUCCAGAAUAGCGGGAAAUUAUCGAACUUGCCCCAAAUGUUGUUUGAUCGGUUAGAUGUAUUUAUCAUGUUACCAUUUUGUGCACGGUUUAAAAGGGUUGUAUGCUAAACUCUUGUUAGGCAGAACCAACAAUGUGCUUUUAGGGCAUGUUUAUUAAAAUGCCUACCACCCUAUAUAUUGUGUAUCAACACCAUCAUAUAGAAAUCACAUGAAGGGUAGUUAGGGGAUGUUUUGU